AUGGUGGCGAUGGAUGGCGAAAGCCUUGACGCAGAACCCGCCGUCUAUUAUCAUCAAGGUCGGGACUUCGUGCUCUUGGACAUGAUCAAAACCCAGGUGGUCUACCUCCCCGACCUGAGUGAUCUCCGACCCGAGGCCAACAUCGAUGAGGCCAUCGUCGGCGAACCCGGGGAAUCAGACCCAGAAGAGGAGGAAAGCCUCCGGAAACGCACCUCCUCCCCCGGCCCGGGUGUCGUUUGCGACCUGGAAGUUCGGGAGGCAAAAAAACAUUACUAUGAGGUCUCGGAGGAUCCCCGCCGAUUUAUUGUCCAAAGUGUACAAGUUACUCAAGUGCCUUCAAGAGACCGUCUGAUCGAGUACUCCCACUCGGAAUGGACAUCGGCCAUUGUCCUCGUGAUGAAAAGGAACGACACCGACGCCCGCUUGUGCAUCGACAAUCGGUUGGUGAACGAGCUGAUCAAGCUGAUGAACUACUCCCUACCCCUAAUCGACGAGCUGAUGAGCAACUUCGCCGCCACUAUUGGGUUCGCGGUUCCGAAAACGGCCCGAUCCCAGCUGAUUAGGCUGCACGGACACUUUCAGUGGAAACGUAUUUUGAUCGGUUUGAAGAACGCUCCGUUGAUUUACCAACAACUUCUGAACAGUAGCCUUUGGGGUUUUGUCCGGCUACCCCCGGAAGAGGAUCGGCUUGUUGACCCGGAGGUGCUAGAGUUCUUGGUGAUUUCUCCUGAGACACGGACGCCCCGGUAUCCCAGGGCACGGAGCCCAGGGGGCGGCGGCUUCCAGGACCAGCACUGA